ACUAGGUCAGUGAGGUGCUUCAUUCCGUACAGUACAUAUCAGUGUUUACGUGUGCAUAAAAGCUUUAGUUAUUUCUCCCCCCCAGACAAACAUUAAAUUAAACUACAUUUCUCAGCUCAUCUUACUGGACCAGAUCAUCUUCUGUUGUUUUUUUUUUUUCCCUUAUCCAUUACUUCAGCAUCUAAAUGAUGAAAUGCAUCUGGAACUGCGAAGAUACACAAAACUUUUGUUGAGGAUGGUCUAAACCCAUCAGAGAUUGCAAAAGUGGAGUACCUUGCUGCCAAGAAGACAUCAUUCCCAGACAGUUUCUGGACUUUUGAGUUUUUACCUUCUGUUGCUCAUCUAUUGUUUUGCUGCAUUAAGACAAGACUAUGGCUCAUACAAAGUGGAAGUGCUGGUGGAUAAUGCUGUUGCUGGGUUUCGUGCUGGUCUGGAUUGCUGAAGCAAACGUGGCUUUGUCUCCGGAUAGAGGAGUAGCAGUGUCGUCUUGCUACGGAGGCUUUGACCUCUACUUCGUCCUGGAUAAGUCUGGAAGUGUGCAGCAUCACUGGACCGAGAUCUAUAAUUUCGUCGCUCAUCUGGCCCAUAAAUUCAUUAGCCCACAGCUACGAAUGUCCUUCAUCGUGUUUUCCACCGAUGGCCAUAUUCUCAUGCGGCUAACAGAGGACAGAGACAAAAUUCGCAAAGGUCUGGAGGAGCUCCAGCGAGUUCUGCCAGGAGGAGACACUUUUAUGCACGAGGGAAUUCAAAGGGCAAGCGAACAGAUUUACUAUGGGAACACUGAAGGAUACCGGACGGCGAGUGUCAUCAUUGCCCUCACAGAUGGAGAACUGCACGAGGAACUCUUCUUCUAUGCUGAAAGAGAGGCCAAUCGUUCCCGAAGCCUGGGUGCCUCGGUCUAUUGUGUAGGGGUGAAGGACUUCAAUGAGACCCAGCUUGCCAAGAUUGCAGACAGCAAAGAUCAUGUCUUCCCAGUGAAUGGUGGUUUUGAAGCUUUGCAGAGCGUGAUCGAUUCGAUCUUGAGAAGAUCCUGUAUUGAAAUCCUUGCGGCAGAACCGUCCAGUAUCUGUGCAGGAGAGUCAUUUCAGGUUGUGGUGAGGGGGAACGGCUUCCUUCAUGCCAGGAAUGUGGAAAAAGUCUUGUGCAGUUUCAGAAUUAAUGACACCCUCACCAGGAUGGUAAAGCCAUUGGUAGUGGAGGACACAUACCUGCUCUGUCCUGCACCGGUACUUAGAGAGGAAGGAACGGCGGCUUCUCUUUACGUGAGCAUGAACGAAGGCCUCAGCUUCAUCUCCAGCUCUGUGACCAUCACCACUGUGAGCUGCUCUGAUGGUACCAUCCUGGCGAUAGCUUUGCUGAUUUUGAUGCUGCUGCUGGUGUUGGCUCUUCUCUGGUGGUUCUGGCCUCUUUGCUGCACCGUGAUCAUCCAUGAACCUCCACCCCCUCCUAAAGAGGACAGCUCGGACGAGGAAGAUGACGGAGCACUAAAGAAGAAGUGGCCAACAGUAGAUGCUUCCUACUAUGGAGGGCGUGGAGUUGGGGGGAUUAAAAGGAUGGAGGUGCGCUGGGGCGAGAAGGGAUCGACUGAAGAGGGCGCUAAACUGGAAAAGGCGAAGAACGCAAGGGUGAAGAUGCCGGAACAAGAGUUUGAAGCUCCCCAGAUGCGGGUCUUGAACAACGGCAUGCACAAAUCCCCAAGCCCUCGCAAAUGGUAUUCUCCAAUCAAGGGUAAACUGGACGCCCUGUGGGUACUCCUGAAGAAAGGCUAUGACAGAGUGUCCAUCAUGAGACCACAACCAGGAGACAAGGGUCGCUGUAUGAACAUCACCCGUAUGAAGUCAAGCUCAUCUCCACACUAUCCAGUGUACAACCGCCACACCCCGAUCUACACCCCCCAGCAUAGCUGCACUACCACUUCUCCUCCUCCACAGAGUCAACUGCCUCCUCCACCCUGCAGCUCACCAUCCCCACAUCCUCCUCUUUCCAUCACUCUGCCUCCACCCAUCACGCCUCCUCCCUCAUACACCCCUCCGUCAGCCUGGUCCUUGUCGUCCUCUCCGAUUUUCUUUGCCUCUCCUUCUCCUCCAGCUUCACCUACAGCACCGCUGCCUCCUCCCCCUCUGGUGCCACCUCCAUGCCGAGCCCCUCCUCCUGAUCGCCCUCCUCCAUGUCCUUCCCUCUAGGGGUGAGUGGAGAAUAAGGAUCAGGAAGUUCAUGGAAGACUUGAGUCUUCACCUUUUUGUUGUCUAACUGUGUGGCCUUAAAACAAACUUAAUGACUGGCCCACUACUGGGAACGAACACAAAGGGAAACGGACUCUGUUUCCAAUUUCAGCUACAAAAAACGACAGGAACUACAACACAGACUGAAGCAAUAUUAUAGACCACACUGAACCCCGUGCACAAAUCUUUAAACACAAGCUUUUGCAAAGAAAACGGACCACCCCCUGCUUAACCCCACGUGUCCAAAUGACAGCUUCAUCUGAAGCCAUUUGCAAUGCGAUAACAAGAAUAGUGAUUUAUUGGACCAGUGAAUGUUCCAUUUACAGAAUCUAUUUAAUGGGAAAAGUUGCAAUAUGUGCACGUUUGUUAAGCUUAUACAACAAGAACAACUCUCUCCAACCAAGACACUCUAGAUUAGACCCUGAGCAUUCGCUGCCAAAAGAAGCAUGUAGAUAGUGUGUGAGUCUCAGGCCCUGAAGUAAUAAUUGGUGGAAUCUGAGAGCGAGCAAACGUGUUGUGGGGAAAAAUAAAUCAUACAAAUAAUGUACACUAUAUGGACAAAAAAGGUUUUCUGGACUAAAGUUUGUGCUUUUUAAACUGCCCAUUCCACACUUAGUCCCCAUUUGCUGUUAUAAAAAGCGCCAG